AUGCCGGCCUUUGCGUGUCCUGGACUCACUCUUGCGUUACAGGAGCAUAUCGACGCAAUAGAGGUCGAAGACGAGAUCGACGGAGAGAGGGAUGCCAAUGACGCUUGGGAUCAGCUUCGCGUCGAUGACAUACUAUCCGUCCAAGAUCAGCUGGGUUCCGGGACACCUACUCUAGAGAAGGUCCUGGAGAAGGCUUCCAAGGUUGUCACCGAUGCCACGGAUCAGGACUACCGACGAUGCGACGAGCUCCGCCUAGAUGGGACAACGAAUCCUCCUCGAGAAUAUAGGGCAUCCUAUAGCCAGGCAAUGAAGAUGAGGGCGGCAAUAACCUAUGGCGAAAGUUGGGCUGGUUGGCGAGGGAACCCCUCGGUGUCGACACAAGUCUCCCGCUACAUGGUGUCAUUAAAGCGACGAAAGGUGCGAAAUGGAGAAACCGCAAUGAGCUCGCGAGCAAUUACCGCUGAUCUACUCAAAGCAAUGUGGAUUUACAACCAUCGACCGGACAAUUGGGAUAUCAAGCUAUAUGAACCUGGAAGCCGUGACAAUCAGAACAUACACCAUUGGGGAGGUGGACGUGCUCGACGCCUCUUGCAUUGUGCUUAUACAAUUGCAUUCUGGUGUCUACUCCGCUUUGACGAGGUUCUUCAGAUACAAAUUCACGAGUUUGAGCUUGUGUCACCUACGUGUCUGAAAAUUACCUUGCCUUUUCGCAAGACUCAUCAGAAUGGUUGUAUCAAGCCAUUUUACCUACAUCUCCUCCAUCCUUCCGAAGCCCACCUGUGCCCAGUCCGAGCAUUUGCGGAAUGGUACUUCGUCAAUGGUAGACGGCUGCAAUAUGGAUACGUUUUCCGCGAGCGACGAUGGAGUCUGCGCAAGCUAUGUGAUUGGGGCGGUUGGAGCACAAAUUUUACAAGUCUGACCAUCAUCAAAUAUCUCAUUUCUUGGAACGACGAUCCAUUGGAACCGAGAGAGGACUUCCUGAAUCCAAACCGUGCACCUGCCGUACGUUGUCCUCAAUGCGGGCGCUCUUGUCAUUGCGCUUGA